AUGAGUCUCAGUUCAUCAUUAGCGUCUUCUUUAGGGUCGAUUUUUUCUCGUGGUGGGUUUAGUGGAGACACGGAGUUGGAGAAGCGGGUAGCGCUUCUUCGCGUAGCGCCGUAUGUGAAUUGCCUUCCAAUUGAAAUUUUGCAUCGCCUAUUUAUGGAGGUAAUUGAAAAUGACAACUAUAAUUUUGCGUGGAUCGGCGUUCUUUCAAGUGUUUGUUGGCGAUGGAAUUGUGCCUGCCAACAUGCUGUCAUAUGGGAGUUUGUCUCGAAACGAAUAUUUGUGGCUUACCCGCUCGUGCAGCGUCUACACAGUGCGCCUUUGGAUCAGUCGGACGUGCGGUUGCUGAACAAAAUGCGGCGAUUGGGGGCCCCGGAGCAAUUCAUCACGCAGCACGACACAAUGGAGCCUCUCAUCGCACCAACCAACAGAACGUUGCGAAAAGCCAUGGAAGAAGUGAGGCACUAUCUACAAAGUCGUAGCUAUUAUGAAUAUGUGCAACGACGGCGUGUCUUUGUACUGCAGAUGUUUCUUUCUUGGGCACUCUUGUCUUUUUCAUUAUUUCUUGGUACUACUGUGUGCUCAGCAGAGGGGGUUGCUUUAGGCGCUUUAUGCUCACCAAGCAUGGCGUUUUCCCUUUUGUGGAUGACGUAUCUUUCUAUUGUUACCAUAGUUAUUGCAAAUGUCGUGAUGGAGACGCACUUUGAGCCUAAGCCCCUUUUUUAUAGGUUACGCAAAAACAAACCGCUUAUUAUUCGCUCUGCCACCGGCAUAAUUGUUGGCAUUGCAUGCAUUGCGUUUCCGACACUCCUUGUACAAAUCAAUUUUGCCCGUGAAGAGCGGUUUCCAUGGCUGCUGUGUGGUAUCACCCCCAUGGUUUCACUUUGUAUGUGGCAAUUGUAUGUUUUAUUGUCAUAUGUUGCACCAGAGGUUAAACAACAUAUUCAUGAGCAACGAACUGGAUUUAGACCCAUGGCAAUUAUGACGUUUUUAUUAUCAAAUGUUCCGUAUGUCUAUCCUGCGUUUUUUGCAGGGACCAUAUUCUGCAUAUUCCAAUAUGUGGAGCACGGUGGCCGCAUGUAUGUAUUGCUUGCCAUUAUACCCGUGCUUACUAGUCUUGUCGUGCUGACCCUGCUUUUUAUGUUAGAUUUCUUUCUUACACGACGUGCGAAGGAUUUUAUCACGUGUGGAUGCCUUUUCCUUGUUUUGCUUUUUCCGCUUUCGCUGAUGUGGAAGGAGUUCCGUGGACUCAGUCUCCUUCCCGUUGCCACCGCGUCAUUUCUCUUCUACGUCACGCAUCUGAAGCUGAUGGCAAUGAGAGCCCUCCAGGAACUCAUCGAUGGGGCUCUCGGUUACAGAAACAUGAGGCGGAUCCGCUGA